AGGAAGGGAAGGAGGAAUCCAAGGUGUGACAGAAGAUUCUGGAAAUAAGCUAAAGAAGCCAGUUUAUGGAUCCCGUGAACUGUGCAAGUGCUCCGAAAGAGUUCUGAAUAUGGAAGGACCCUUGAGGCCAAGACUGGUUAACUGCAGUGACUUUCAGUUUGGAGUGGUUGCCACAGAGACCAUCGAAAAUGCUCUGCUUCACUUGGCCCAGCAGAAUGAGCAAGCAGUGAAGGAGGCUGCCGGACGGUCAGGCAGCUUCAGGGAGACCCGGAUCGUUGAGUUUGUCUUUCUCCUGUCUGAACAAUGGUGUCUGGAGAAAUCGGUGAGCUACCAGGCCGUAGAAAUCCUAGAAAGGUUUAUGGUGAAGCAGGCAGAGAACAUCUGUCAGCAAGCCACACUCCAGCUGAGAAGUAACGAGCUGCAGAGCUGGAGGGCUCUGAAAGAGCAGCUCUCCAACAAGUUUAUCCUCCGUCUGGUGUCGUGUGUGCAGCUGGCCAGCAAACUGUCUUUCCACUACAAAAUUGUCAGCAACAUCACAGUCCUCAAUUUCCUCCAGGCCCUUGGUUAUGGAUACACCAAAGAAGAGCUGCUAGAAUCGGAGCUUGAUAUUUUGAAGUCCCUGAACUUCCAAAUAAAUCUGCCCACACCGCUGGCAUAUGUGGAGAUGCUCCUUGAAGUUCUAGGGUACAAUGGCUGUUUGGUCCCCGCCACACAACUACAUGCAACGUGUCUGACCCUCCUCGACCUGGUCUAUCUUCUGCACGAGCCCAUCUAUGAGAGCCUCUUGAGAGCUUCAAUCGAGAAUUCUCCACCCAGUCAGCUGCAGGGGGAAAAGUUUAUCUCUGUGAAGGAAGACUUUAUGCUGUUGGCAGUUGGCAUCAUUGCAGCGAGCGCCUUCAUCCAAAACCAUGAAUGCUGGAGCCAGGUCAUAGGGCAUUUGCAGAGCAUCACGGGCAUUGCCUCGGAAAGCAUUGCUGAGUUCUCUUACGCAAUCCUGACUCACAGCGUGGGAGCAAACACCCCUGGGCAACAGCACCCUGUUCCCCACAAGGCCGCCAGAGCUCUGAGGACUGCUGCUUCCUCUAACACAUGAGGCUGGCUGAGCUGCACCACCUUCUGUCACUGAACCCCCUUCCUUGUUUACUUUCAUACUCAGGGAACAAAAAUUCCAAGUUUCCUUUGAACAGUGUUUUGUAUUUCAAUUUCAGGCAUGUUAUUUUUUUCUACAUCAGAGAUAGUUAUGGGAGACAAACAUAUCUGUUGUGUCAUGGUAGGCUAAAAAAACAUCAAAGAAUUGGACCAGAGUUAGAUUGUGAAAUUGGUCCAUUUUUGUUUGACAAGACUUUUAAAUUUUCCUAAUUUAAUCUAAGAGGUAAUAUCACAUAGAAAUAAGUAUUUCUGAGGACUUUAAAACACUUUUGGAUGACCUUGACCAAGUGUCUCUGAGGUAGCCUUUCUUCCCUUGCUCCUGCUACAGCUGGUUUUUUUGUUUUGCUUUGUUGUUUUAAAGAUUUAUUUAUUUUAUGUAUAUGAAUGCAGUGUUGCUCUCUUCAGACACACCAGAAGAGGGCAUCAGAUCCCAUGUCAGAUGGUUGUGAGCCACCAUGUGGUUGCUGGGAAUUGAACUCAGGACCUCUGGAAGAGCAGCCAGUGCUCUUAACCACUGAGUCUCCAGCCCUUGUUUUGUUUGUUAUUCCCACCCCCCCACUUUUGUUUUUUUUCUUUUUUCUUUUUUUCGGAGCUGGGGACCGAACCCAGGGCCUUGCGCUUCCUAGGCAAGUGCUCUACCACUGAGCUAAAUCCCCAGCCCCCACUUUUGUUUUUUAAAGACAGGGUCUCACUAUUCAGCCCUGGCUGUCUUGCAGCUCACUGAAUACACGAGACUAGGCUGGAAUUCAGAGGUCCACUCGCCUUUGCUUCCUGAGUGCUGGAGCUAAAUACCCUCAUUCUGGCUCUUUUUUUUUUUUAAGCUAAGACAUGUUUCAACAGAAUCUCUACCGAACUGACUGAAACUCAGUUCUUCCAAAAUACAAAAUACUCAACUUUAAGGAAAAACAUCCUGGCGUACCACUUGGUAAUUAAUAGACCAUAGCAAAUCCUUUAUUACAAAUAAUUAAAUCCUUCCACAUCUCAAACAGUAUCAAACAGCAUUUUGUAAUUCCAAUAGUUAGCACAGUAAGCGUUCAAUACUAGAAGUGAGGACAGAGUUAAACCUUUACCUCUUGUCCCUUCCCCACAUUACCCAACUGUGUGCCACAAGCAUCUCAUCUCAAAACUUUUCUGUUUCAAGUACAGGAAGUUGAGAGAGAUAAAAUCCAGUGAAAACACAUUAAUGUCAAUUCAACUUAAAAAAGAAAACAAAGCAAAUUUAAAUUAGUUGUUUCCAGGGAAGAGGGAAAGGACAGCAUGGGGUUGAGCCAAACUACGGCAGGGCUCUUUGCUAUACAUGGCGUGCUGUGCUCUGAAAACUGUCAUAUUGUAAAAUAAAGUAGCUUUUGUGG